GGUCAUGACCUUGUGCUAGAAGAGCCAAAAUCGUGGCGGCCGGGGAGCCGUGGCCUUGUUUUGAAUGGGCGCGGCCGAGCUGCUCUGAAGGUGUCUGUGGGGGGCGGCGGGAUUGGGUAACCGGCCAGAGGGGAAGAAGAGGGAGACCCGAUCGAGACUUCGCCCUUCCAUUUUUCUCGUGGGAAGGAAGGAGUUAGCUGAACCCCGGUAUUGUGCACUACUGCCUAUUUUGCUAAUUACCACUGUAUGGCGGGGCAUUUGACAUCCAGCUGAAAGUUAAAAAAAAUAUUCUUUUGGAAACCAGUGCAAAACAGAAGACUUGUGGUAACUAUGAACGGCCAACUGGAUUUGAGUGGAAAGCUUAUAAUUAAAGCUCAGCUGGGUGAUGAUAUUAGGAGAAUUCCAAUUCACAAUGAGGAUAUCACCUAUGAUGAGUUGGUGCUCAUGAUGCAGAGAGUUUUCAGGGGAAAACUGCUAAGCAACGAUGAAGUUACCAUAAAAUAUAAGGAUGAAGAUGGAGAUCUUAUAACAAUCUUUGAUAGUUCAGAUCUUUCCUUUGCAAUUCAGUGCAGUAGAAUCCUGAAACUGACACUAUUUGUUAAUGGGCAGCCAAGACCGCUAGAGUCAAAUCAGGUAAAAUACCUUCGCCGAGAACUGAUAGAGCUUCGCAACAAAGUGAAUCGUUUAUUGGAUUGCUUAGAACCUCCUGCUGAGCCAGGACUUUCUACUAGUCUGGCUGAAAAUGAUGUUGCAGAGGGUAGGGAAGACAAGCCUACUACUGCCGAUUCAACUGUCAAGCCGUCUACUCAAGUUAUAGCAGCAAGUAUGUCUGCUUUUGAUCCAUUAAAAAAUCAAGAUGAAAUCAACAAAAAUGUCUUGUCAGCAUUUGGGCUGACAGAUGAUCAGGUGUCGGGACCACCCAGUGCCCCUAUGGAAGAACGUUCAGGAACACCUGAUAGCAUCACUUCUGCAUCCUCUGCAGCCCAUCCACCAUGUGUUCAACCACAGCAACCGUCAUAUGGAGGAUCUCAGCCCCAAACUGGUCAAAUAGAUGGCCAAAUGUAUCAACAGUAUCCACAACAGGCUGGAUAUCCUCAACAGCCACAAGCUCAACCUCAGCAACAAUAUGGAGUACAAUAUCAAGCAGGCUACAGCCAACAGACUGCUCCUCAGCAAGCACAGCAGUUCCAAGGGUACAACCAGCAAGCCUCCCAGGCUCCAGCUCCUGGCUUUCCUGGCCCAGCUCCACAGCUGCCAGCUCAGCCUCCUCAGCAGUAUCAAACAGGCACUUAUACUCCACAAAAUUAUACAACUCAGGCUUCCCAGUCUGCUAAUUAUAAUGUAACUCCAGCAUCGCAACCUGGAAUGGCUCCUAGCCAGCCCAGCACCUUCCAGCCAAGACCUGGUUUCACCCCACCUCCUGGAACUACUAUGACUCCUCCUCCAAGUGGCCCUAAUCCUUAUGCACGUAGUCGUCCUCCAUUUGGCCAGGGCUAUACUCAGCCAGGUCCUGGUUAUCGAUAAGGAAACUAUGCUGUUAAAGAGCCCCAGGUAAAUCCAAGCAGUGCUGAUGCUGUUCCACUGUACAGACAAGAAGAUUCUUUAAUUGAUAUUUAAAAAAAAUAGCAAAAGGCAAAAUAUUGUAUGGUAUCACCAUUGCUCUUUAAUUUUCUGGGAUAAAUGACCAAAUGAAUUUUGUUUCCUGCUUUAAACUGUAUUGGCUUUCUAGUUUAAUAUUUGUCCUAUUGGAAACACUACCUAAAUGUAUGUAAAGCAGAUGACAUUCUAGCUUGCCAUAUUAAACUGCUGGGUGAAAAUCUAGCUGACUUAC